UAUUCAUCCACCGACAUCCAUCAUGACUGGAAGAGUUGUUCUUCUCGCAUUCCUGCUCUUUUGUGUGGCCGCAGAUGUGGAGGAGAACUUUGGACUCAUGAGAAAGCCGUCUUGUCCUAACUUAGAGGAGAUCGUGGCGUGUCCUCUGAAUCUCGCCCCUGUGUGUGGCAGCGAUGGAAACACCUAUGCCAAUGAGUGUAUCCUGUGUGUCCAGAGACAAAAAACCAAGAUGGACAUUUUGGUUGCCAAGGAGGAGAGCUGCUGAUCUGCACAGGUGGUGAUGUUGUCGCCAAGGUGACCAGUUGGAAUCUGAUAAUCAAUCCAACACGGAUCUUUGAAAUGGAUCCCGACUCUCCUAAAUGUCUCAUUGCCAUGAACAAUA